AUGAACGGCCACACCACCACCACCAAAUCCCCUACCCGCGUCCCCUCCGCCGGCGUCUGGGCCCCCGCAGUCACCUUCUUCGACCAAGAAACCGACUCCCUCGACCUCGACGCCCAAGCCAAGUACUACUCUUACCUGUCCAAGCACCUCACCGGCCUGGUCAUCCUCGGCACCAACGCGGAGACCUUCCUGCUCACCCGCUCCGAACGUGCCGCCUUACUAAAAUGCGCCCGUGAAGCCGUCGGCCCGGACUACGAGGUCAUGGCCGGCGUGGGCGGGCACAGUACUAAGCAGGUGUUGGAGUUUAUCGGGGAUGCGGUGGAGGCGGGCGCGGAUAGCGUGCUGGUGCUGCCUUGUGCUUAUUUUGGGGCGCAGACGAGUCGGGAGGUGGUGAUGGGGUUUUAUGGCGAGGUGGCGGAGAAGAGUCCGUUGCCGGUUGUUGUUUAUAAUUUCCCGGGGGUGUGCAACGGCGUCGAUAUUGACAGCGAUAUGCUCAUCACCCUGCACAAGAAGCAUUCUAACAUCGUGGGUGUCAAACUGACCUGUGCAUCCGUGGGCAAGAUAACCCGCCUAGCAGCUGAGUUUACUCCCCAAGAAUUCGCAGUAUACGGUGGCCAAUCCGACUUCCUCAUCGCCGGCCUCGCCGUAGGCUCCGCAGGCACCAUCUCGGGCUUCGGCAACGUGGCCCCCAAAACCAUCCGCAAAAUCUACGACCUCUACACCUCCGGCCAGCACGCCGAGGCGUUGAAACUGCACCGUGUCGCCGCACACGCCGAGGUGAUUGGCAAGUCCGGGAUCGCGAACACGAAGUUCGCGGCCAGUCUGACGAGCGCGAAGAGCGCGGGGAUCGAAGGGGCGGAGGCGAAGUUGGCGCCGAGGAGACCUUAUGCGGCGUUGACGGAUGAGCAGAAGAAGGGGGUGAGGGGGCGGAUUGAGGAGACGGUGAAGAUUGAGCGGGCGUUGUGA